AUGUCGCAUUUCUUCGCGAACCCCCUGGCGGUGCUUCUUGCGGACGAUCGAGACGAAAGCAAGUUGCAGCAGCGUCAUCUGUGUGAGGCAAUCAGAAACACUUCGUCCUUCCGAACAUAUUGCGAGGAUCUUACCGAUCAGGGCCACCUGAAACAGGUGCGCAACCUGUUAGAGGACGACAAGAUCCUCUUUCAGGAAAGUCUGCGGCAACUUGGAUCUGGACAGCAGAGAAUGCGCGAUAUGUUCCAAGCCGUCAAGGUGAUUCACUCUUGUCUAAAGGAAUUCAACCUUGUCAAGCGGACAGGCAUAUCAGACCUAUCAAUCCAGGCACUUUCAGGAGAGUUGUUCGAUUCGCAGUUGGUAGGAGACAUCCUCCGGACCAUCAAAACUCUAGAUUCCGCCCGACUCAAGGCGCUUUUCACGGUUCUCUCCCAAUGUCUCAUGCAACAUCCAGAGUUCGUAAAAAUUGAGAAAGACCUGGAUGACUUGCUCGAGAAUCAUCAAAGCCCCGAGCCACUUCGGAGUGAGUAUGACAGCCACCACUCCGUCAUGGCAACAACAGUUGUUCAACAGCGGAUAAAGCUCAGCAAGGGCAAAUCAAAGCUGUCCGAACAGGAAAUUGAAUAUACGAAGAUUAUCGACCGCUUCCUCAAUCUAUCAGAGGGAUAUUUCCAGGCAAAUCUCUUCCGGCCGCAGGACCUGUUCCUGCAUGAGGUCUUCCUGGUUGAUAUGAAAAACCCACUGAAGGAAACCUUUGCCCCGCGGCCGCGCUUUGCCAUUGAGCGCGCCUUAUCAAAUCCCUUCGAUUACUUGAUAUCGACUUCGGAGACGGCUGAGACGAAGGUCUCGGCCAAGCAGCCUGCCACUGCGAUCUUAUAUCAGCUGUACCUCGAGUCUGGGUCCCUUGUGAACAUGCACGACCUUUGGCAUGCAUUCCAUGCAGUAUUCGAGAGCGAUCAGGGGGACCGCUGCGACGAGCGCAUGAUUAUGACCCUGUUCUAUCGGGCCCUAUCAGAGCUCAAGGCGCUGGGCACGAUCAAAUCUAGUCGCAAGAAGGUCGAUCAUGCCGCGAAGACCUCAUGGAUCGGUCUUUGA